UAAUACCUAUGAAGACAGUAUAAGUACAUAAUAUCUAUUAAAACUUGGUUUGUCGUUGUAUUUAUAAUACUAUCGGUGCGUAAAUUUAUCGUCGGCAUCUCUAGUGGCGAGCUUGUUCAAAAUUUGAAAAAUUUUCUAUUGCUCUUUUUAUAGUUUUUUUUAUUUAAUGCAUUCAAUAUUUGAAGAGUUUUUAUCAAUUUCGCUAUAAGUAUUAUAGUCUGUCGGCAAUUCUGUGAUCGUUGUGUCUCCUUGAGUAGGUGCCUCUGCCUAUCUACUCGAAUGCAUUUUUUGUUACUUUGUUGCUGCGAGGAUGUUCCAAGCUCAAACGUAUUUAUCCAAUCACUCGCUGCAAGUUCGCGAUGCCGAUGAAGUUUUACAAAAAUUCAAAUCGGAAAUUAAAUGGAAACGUGGACAGAAAGCGAUCGAUAUUGGUUGCGGUCCGGGAGACGUCACACACGACUAUUUGCUGCCUAUACUUCCAAAUGAUGCGGAACUGCUUGCCGUUGAUAUGUGCGAAAGGAUGGUUAACCUGGGCAGAAAUCACUAUUCCGAUCCGCGUCUGAAUUUCGAUGUUCUAAAUUUAACGAAUUCAGAAGAAGUCGAGAAAUACGAGUCGAAUUUUGAUUUGGUGUUUUCGUUUUAUUGUCUGAAUUGGAUACCAGAUCAACGACUGGCCUUGAAGAAUAUGUAUUCAAUGUUGAAACCAGGAGGCGAGAUGUUAUUCACGCUCGUCGUCGAUUCUCCCAAUCAUCUGGUCUGGGAGCUUACAGCAGCUUCUCCAAAAUGGUCCGCGUAUAUGAAAAAUUUUAGAGACACCAUACCACGUUAUCAUUACAGCGACGAUCCCGCAUCUGAAAUCAGCGAGUUGAUUCGAGACGUGGGUUUUCACAUUAAGCAUUGCUCUUUCGAAUGGAAAUCAUUCACGUUCCCAACAAAGCAAAUUUUCCACAAAUUUAUGGACGGAAUAAACCCUUUCCUGAGAAAUGUUCCACAAUGCCUGCUGGAAGAAUACGGCCAAGAAUGGGAGAAAACCUUAUGGAACGAGAAAUUAUGUUUUCUGCACGAAACCGGCGAAGUUACUUAUAAGUAUUCUGUGAUCACAGCUUUCGCUCAAAAACCAGUAACGAAUGCGUAAUAAAUAUCAAUACCUAUGUACCUAAUUUAUAAGUGGUGAUAAACUUUCAAGCGUACGUAUUCGUAAAUCACCACAAUUCACUAUUGUUAGCGAAUUUUCAAUUGUAUAUUUUGUAUUUUUCAUUAAAAACUCGUUUUUAAUUUUUA